AUGCCCCAAGACGACAUGCUCGAACACUCGCUCAAAGCGCAAUCUCUCCUCCUCCCCAGCGCCGCCUCCCGCCGUCCUUUAACCGACUUCUUCACCCGCGCCCUCUCCGCCUUCCAGUCCUCCUCCGACGCGGCGCAAAAGUUCCAAGUCAUCUGUACAGCUCCCAGCCAUGCUUCCACUUCCGCCGCCGCCGAAGCACUGGGAAAAUCCUACCCCCAACAGCCUCCAGCACCAAUCUCACCGACCAAGCGACCGCACACUUUGAUAGUGCUGGACUCAAGCUUUAACCCGCCUACGCUGGCGCAUCUGCGCAUGGCUACCUCAGCAGUGGAAGACAUCAUCAAGAGAAAGGGGAAGGGAGAAAUUGACGGGGUAAGACUGCUUCUCCUCCUAGCGGUCGUAAACGCCGACAAGGCGCCCAAGCCCGCGGCUUUCGAUCAGCGAUUAGCCAUGAUGUGGGCAUUUGCUCGGGACGUACAGCGAGCAUUAAGGGAGGACGAAGAUGAAAGGCCCGAUGUGUUGGCUUCUGGGCCUGGGCCGAAGCCGCAACUCAAUAAUCAAGAAGCGGAACAAAAGCAAGGACUAGACAUCGCCGUCGACAUCUCACUAACAGCUAAACCCUUCUUCCACGAAAAGAGCCGGGCAAUGGCCGAGUCCGAGUUUUACAAACCACCACCACCUGAACAGAAAGAAGGGGGGAAGGAGGAUACGAUGGAACAAGUAAUCCUUGCAGGCUACGACACCCUAAUCCGCAUCUUCAACCCCAAGUACUAUGGUCCUCCUCCGACCUCCGUCACCCAGGUCGCCACGCAAAUUAGACACGUACACGACCCAAGCAAAAAGGGGACGCCAAUGCAGCAGGCCCUCGACCUCUUCUUCUCGCGGGCGAAGCUACGGGUAACGAUGCGGACGGAUGAUGAGUGGGGAGGCAAGGCCGAGCAGAUGGCGUACCUGGAGAGCUUGCUGAGCGAGGAGGGGUUGCAGAAGAUCGGUGGGAGUAAAGGGUGGAAGGAUCGGAUUGAGAUGGUGGAAAGACUCACGGAGGAGCGGGACUCGACGGAGGGUUGUCAGUAG